AUUUGUAGAAGAUAAAAUGUGGGUGACAUUUUUGGAAGGCAGCUCUGCUUUGAGUGUUCUGGAUCUGAAUGGUAUUGAGGUUCUCGGGAAAACCGCUAACAUUUCUUUGAAAAGCCCUGAUUGGAUUAAGAGUUUAGAAGAUGAAAUAAGUUUGGAGAGAGUUAAUAUUGGGCUGCCUUCAUCAACAAGUUCUACUUUGCUUUGUGAAGAUGCAGAAGUUACUGCAGACUACGAUAUGGAAGGUGAUGUUGAUGAUUAUAGUACUGAAGUAGAAGAAAUUCUCCCACAACAUCUACAGCUAGCUUCAGGCUCUAGUCUUGGAGCCUCACCUGCCUCUUCCCCUCGUUCAAGCCCCUGCCAGUCCCCUACUCCAUCAGAAGGUCUGCCUCCAACUCUUCCAUCAAGGCCAAGCAGGACACCCAAUAAGACUCCCGGACCUCCGGUGUCUUCUCAAGGUUCACCAGCAGAUUUUCAACCUAUAACUCAACUAAAAGAGUCUACUCAAGGCUUGGAACCAAAACGCCCACCUCCACCUCGACCAGGAGUGCCUCCUGCUCGCCCUGCUCCACCACAAAGGCCCCCUCCUCCAUCAGGGAGUAAGAGUCCUGCACUUACUAGAAAAGAACUUGGAG